AUAUAUGCAAAUUAGAAGUAAAAAAAGAAGUUGAGAGAAUGAAAUCCCAAGCACUAUCGUCACAAGAUAACCCUCAACAAAUAAUCGCUUCAUCACAAUUAAAUCCAGUGAUAUCAGGUGCAUUAUCAGAUUUUGAAAUGGCAUCAAUUAAUGCAUUUAACGAAGUAUUUCCAAAUGUAAAACAAAAAGGAUGCCAUUUCCAUUUUUCCCAAUGUAUUUGGCGUAAAAUACAACAAAUUCAAUAUAUGGCCCAAAAAUAUAUAUCAGAUUUGACAUUUUCAUCACAGAUACGGCUCUUAUUAGCAUUAGCAUAUGUACCAGAAAAUCAUGUGAUAGAUGCGUUUGAAGAAUUAAUAAACUCACUAUAUUACACAGAUAACGAAAACAUUUUACAACCACUUAUUGACUAUACUUUGAAGACACCUGGAUAG